UUUCGGCCCCACCAAAGCAGUUGCCCGCGCACUGCUCUCGGCUCAGGCCAGGCUCAGGUUCCCCUUUGUGCAUUGAAAGUGGCCCCUGAAAUUUUAAUGAAGCCACAGGAUCGCGGGCGCAGCGGGCUCAGCCUCUCCACCCCUCCCACUCCCCACAGCACCCAUCGGCUCCGGGCCCUGCCGAGCCCCUCGCCAUGACCCAAGGCUUCUGGCGGCUCUACAAGGCCAAAGUGCUGCAGACCCUGGGGGGUACACGGGCAGAUGGGGUGCUGCAGGAGGAGGGCGAUCCUCCUGAACUGAUGGAGACUGCCGAGACCCCCACACUGACAGAGGAGGGACCAAGCCCCGUGUCUCAGCUGGCGAAGAAGGUGCAGGGAGUGGGUGUCCGGGGCUGGCGGACGCUUUCCUCCCUCUUCACCCAUGAGGACGAGCGCCAGCUGCUCAGCCCAGAGCCCUGCGCAGACCACCCACUGGCUGCCGAGCCGCCUGAGCCACCUCCCUCUGAGAAGGCACCCAGCUUUUGGGAUCUCUUUGCUAGCAAGUGGCAGCAGGCGUCAGGGCUGGACAAGGGGGUUUCCCUCCCGGAACCGGGUGAGAGCCCCGAGGAGCCGCCGGGUGACGAUGUCAGCGACCUGCGGGAGCCGGAGGAAGGGGCCUUCCACUGGGGCUUCCUUGCCGGCAAACUGGCUGAAAUCCGGAAUAAAAAUGCCCCGAAGGGCAAGUAG